GAAUGCUAGAGCCCGGGACCACUGCACGGAAGCGGCCUUGGGCAGGGUUGCAGCCAGAUCCCGGGAUGGAGGGUGCCGGUGAAGAGGAGUGAGGAGGCUGGGGGAGGCAGGCCGUGAGGUCCAAGUGGAGGCCCGCAGCCUGCUGGCAGUGGAGAAGCAGGCCGCACAGGAAAGAGAGGGGUCAGGUCGGGCUGAGCCUCAGUAGGCUCAGGCGACUCUAUGGGAGCUGUAGACGCUCCUUUGUCGUGGGCUUGGCCUGUUUGGAGCAGGCCUUUUGUGAGGAGAGUUAACCCAAACUCGGAGUUAGAGCCACAUGCCGGGCACGCAGGCGCUCUGAGUUAGGGUUAGGGCGCCAGCACCUUUGGGGAGGUCUUAGGAAGUGAGUGGGUAGGGGUCUCUCCCAUCCCCGAGCCGGAUUGGCGCGUCUGGCGCUUGUGGAUCCGAGCUGGGAUUGGGGAGGGGUCUCCAGGACGUUCGAUUUCGACGCAAGGAUUGGGGGGAUUCGAGUGCUUUGAGAUCCGAGCCAGCCUUGGGGUAGGGGGAGUCAGGCAGUUGGAAAAGGCGAGGUGGUUAUUUGGGGAGGGGUCUCCGCGCUUAGGCGGAGCGCAAAAUCGCGCCGUGAAAAGCCUAAGGCUUUGUCAAGAGAGAUUUCUGUGCAAGAGUGGAAUCAGCUAGGCCAGACCAAGAGAGAGAAAGUGAACAAAUCAGGACUACAAGGGGGGUGGGAGACCCUGAGAGGGGGGGUCACAAAGGGGGAGACAUGGCCACCAGGCGUUUAACCGACGCUUUCUUGUUGUUGCGGAAUAAUUCCAUCCAAACCCGGCAGCUGUUAGCCGAGCAAGUGAGUAGUCACACCACCUCCAGCCCUCUGCAUUCACGUAGCAUUGCUGCGGAGCUGGACGAGCUUGCUGAUGACCGCAUGGCGCUAGUAUCAGGCAUCAGCCUAGAUCCAGAAGCAGCAAUUGGCGUGACAAAGCGGUCGCCUCCCAAGUGGGUGGAUGGCGUGGACGAAAUACAGUAUGAUGUUGGCCGCAUUAAACAGAAGAUGAAAGAGUUAGCCAGCCUUCAUGAUAAGCAUUUGAACAGACCCACCCUGGAUGACAGCAGCGAGGAGGAACAUGCCAUCGAGAUCACCACUCAGGAGGUCACACAGCUCUUCCAUAGGUGCCAGCGUGCUGUGCAGGCCCUGCCCAGCCGGGCACGAAGGGCCUGCUCGGAGCAGGAAGAGCGGCUACUGCGGAACGUGGUGGCCUCCUUGGCACAGGCCCUGCAGGAGCUGUCCACCAGCUUCCGGCAUGCACAGUCUGACUACCUGAAACGCAUGAAAAACCGAGAGGAGAGAUCGCAGCAUUUCUUCGACACCCCAGUACCACUAAUGGAUGAUGGAGAUGAUGCUACUCUGUAUGGUCAGGGCUUCACGGAUGACCAGCUGGUGCUGGUAGAGCAAAACACACUGAUGGUGGAGGAGAGGGAGCGAGAGAUCCGUCAGAUUGUGCAGUCCAUUUCAGACCUCAAUGAAAUCUUCAGGGACUUGGGAGCCAUGAUUGUGGAGCAGGGAACGGUCCUUGAUAGAAUUGACUAUAAUGUUGAACAGUCCUGUGUCAAGACCGAAGAUGGCUUGAAACAGCUUCACAAGGCUGAGCAGUACCAGAAGAAGAACCGGAAGAUGCUUGUGAUCGUGAUCCUGGUGGCCGUCAUCAUAGUCCUCCUCGUGGCCCUCAUCGCCGUAAAGUCUCGCUAGUGGCACCAGGUUCCUGAGAGUGCUACUGCGUGGAUUAUUGGUGUUAGGACUUGGCUGGUGCCUCACCGCUGUGCUGUACUGUGUAGAGAGCACAGCCCACUGGUCCAGCAGUGGGCAGCGGACCUUCCCGUGGACGCCUUCUAACCAGUGGGCUGGCGUGUAGGCACGGCCAUGUUUUCCAUCUCUGUCCAGAGUCUAAGGACUUGAUGCUGUUGCCGAAGAGACUGGCCUAUGAUGAGCUGUCGUGUGAAUGCGUGCUUUAGUGAAAGGAGUGGAAGGUUUACAGGCACUGCCAAAGCUCCGUGUCGUGUGUGCAUGCUCAUUUUUAGCACUAAUGUCUGAGCAGCAUGUUAAAUAAUUUUUGGGAAAAUUUUUUUUUAACCAUCUGGUUUUUAAGAAGUUUGGUACCAAAAAUUUAUGAGUGUAGAGGCAGUGCCUCUUCAUCUUCCCAGCUGAAAACAAAGCAAGAAGUCCUUCAAGGAUUUAUAAUCUGUUCCCAUUAACUUAAUUUAGCUUUCCAUCACUGUUAACGAUCAGAGUAACAAAGUGUGAAAAAUAAGAAACCAUCAUUGAUGUUAAUUAACACAUUUAGACGGGCCAGUUAAACCAGCUUCAUGCGUUUAAAUCAAUUGUAAAUAGCAUAUUCCUCAUUCAGAAUUUUUGCCCUGCAUUUUCUACUGUAAACCAAGAGGGGUUACUAAGCAAAACCCCCUGAAUCAGAAACUUGGUCAUUUGAACCAACCUCACAUCACAAGAAAGCUUGACAGUGUGUCCCCAGCCAUCCUUCCUCAGUCCAUUACUUACAUUCUAGCUACGUAAUGACCUGUCCAAACCUGACUCCGUUUGAUGAACUGUGAAUUUACACAGAGGCCAUUUUAAAUGGGUCACCCCAUUUAGGAUUAGUGGAUCUCAAAUUAUUAACCAAACAUCACUCCAUUUCAAAGUAAAAUAUUCUACACAUGAUUUGAUUUAUCGACUCUUGCCACUUAGCAAUGCCCAGAAAACGGGUGUAUUCCUGAGGACAGUGAGAACGUCAGCUAGGGAAACCCUGUGUGUGUGUGUGUGUGUGUGUGUUCUGAGGGUUUUGUUGUUGUUUUGUUUUGCAUCUGUGUGUGAGCAUAUCAUAUAUUAUCAGAUGGCCAAGUAGGGCUCUGUUUACUACCUGUUAACUCUAUGGUGCUGGUGUGCUCUGCAGAACUAGAGCGAUGCGGACCAGACUGAUGGAGCUUUGAGAGUGUGCGUAUCUCACUCGCUCUGUUUGCAUCAACACUGCUGGAAUUACAGUGAUUGUUGUGUAACUGUUGAUGGCUUGAAAAAACUCUCUGUGUCUCUUAAAUUAUUUAAACAGCGUGGCCCUGUUAAGUGUGUUAUAUUUUUAUUUAGACCAGGCAUAUGAAAUUCCUCUCUGGGACUCAACUGAAGGGUGUCUCAAAACUCCAGCUCAGACCUAGAAAUGGACUCCUGUAGACCCAUCCUGAACUUACCCUCCCUGCCUGGGCCACGGAAUAAUGAGAUGUAAAGGUUUUCUGGGUUCGUUGGCAGUGUUAGUAGAGAGGGUUAGAAAAGAGGAGGCAGCACCUGCCCCACCACUUCAGAAUUGGGGAAGGGGCUCUACAGUCUCUCAGCCUCUGAGGUUAGACAAGCUGUUCCUGGGUAGACUGGCCGAAUUAGGGAAACGGCUUCAAGCAGUCUGUGGAGAUCAUGAUGAGUAAUUGUGAAAGCCUUGAAAAAAGGUGACCUUUUAAGAAAGGGUCACUAUUUAUUUAUAAUUUAUUUCCCUGAAUAGAUUUUAUUUUGGUGGGGGCGUUGGUUCCCCCCCCCCCCAUCCAUCUGGUUAGAAACUGUCCCAAGGACCUAUGGGGAGAGGGACUGUCCCCUUCUGCCUGGAGGCAGUGUGGUGCUGGUCUGGGCCCAAGCCACCCUGGUGGGGGUCCGGAAGGGCUUGGAUACUCGGCUGUACCGAGCUCCAGAGCUCUGUGCACUCGAUCUCUGGGGCCCCACUGCCCUUUGCCGUUGAGCCUGUUCUGGGGGAAAGAGGAGAAGUUAGUACCCAUGUCCUGCUAGGUCCUUCAUGGUAAUGGCUUUUGGAAGAGGACUCUUGUACCUGCUGACAGCCGCUGUCUGUGCGUCCAUCCUUCCCUUCAGUCUGGCCAUGGAGGCGACAAUCACACAGACCCACCUCUCCCUGUGCCUGGGAAGCACCUUGGGAAAGAAGCCCGGCCUCUGGACACCACCUCCCGCUGCUGCCCUGCUGGCUCUUGUAGAAUUGGGGUGGAAGGGGAGAGGGAAAGAACUGUUGGUCCUUCGGGGCCCCCGAUCUUUCCUAAGACUAGCAUAAAAUUGCUGUCUGUCAUUCUGUUUGUUGGGGGUGGAGGGACAUUGGGGUGCUGGCUGGGCCACUGUGUGAAGCAAUGUGUGUCUAAUUUAACGGAUGUACCAUUUUCUCUGCUGAUUGAGAGAGCAUUCUUUAUUUGUUUUGACACAAGUGCGUGCAGUGUUUCAUCCCAGCUAAUGGCUUCUUAAAGGUAAUAAAGCCCUUCAACCUAAUUGGUCAGAUAAGACUUUUUCCUUGUAUGCUUAAAUAAAGCAAGUAGUGAAAUGCUUCAAUCCAAAAUGACUUUUUUUUGUCCUUUUUUUUUUUUUUUAAAAAAAAAAAAGCUAAUUUACUGUUACUGGAAACUUUUUGUACAAUAAAGCGAUCUCACAGAUUGAAGAGCA